UUGUUUACGGAGACGCGCCUACGGGCUCGCGCCUAAUAUCAUAAGGGUGCGCUCGGCUCCUCAACCAGCCGACACCGGUGGUCAAUAGCGAAAGUAGCAGAAGUUGUUUCAACAUUUGUUUCUGCUUUGAUAUUCAGUCAGGACGCACUGAUGGCAUUUCAGCGUAAGACGACGACGUCCGGAGUCAGAGACGCGGACGUGGACGAAGUUCACCGAAUGGUGGUGGAGCUGAGAAAACACGUAGAGGAACUGUCCCUUCAGGCGGAGCGCGUGAUGACGGCGCAGCGCCACAUCCUCAACAACAGCCUAAACAGGAGAAGCAAUGAUGAGCUGGAGCUGCAGAACAAUGAGUUCAAGAAGAGUGUAGACCUCGUCCAAGUGAAGUUAAACUUGAUGCAAAAAAACAUACCUGUGGAUGAGAAUGGUAAUAGGCCCUCAGUAAUUCAACGUAUUAUGAAAAACCAGCAUUCAUAUCUGACUCAGCAGUUCUAUGAAGUCAUGAGGGGCCACCAUAGCUCACAAAUGGACUUCAGAGACAAAUGCAAAGCACAAAUUCAAAGACAGCUGGAGAUAAUGGAUAAAGUGGUUACAGAUGAAGAAUUGGAGGAGAUGCUGAACAGCGGCAAUCUUGACGUUUUCAUUUCUGAUGUCAACAUUGAUGCCCAAAGAACAAGCGAAGCCCUGAAUCAGAUUGAGUCACGUCAUCAGAAUAUUGUCAGUCUUGAGUCAGAUAUCAAGGAGAUGCAUGAGAUAUUUACUUUCACUGCCAUGAUGAUGGACUCUCAGGGGGGGCUCGUCAACAACAUAGAAAGGAACGUAAUGGAAAGUGCACAGUAUGUACAUGAAGCCCAAGCAGAAACAAAAAAAGCUCUUGCUUUUAAGAAGAAUCCAUACAAGGUCGCAUCUCUCCCCAACUUCUUAAAGUCCCUCAGGAAGCAAUCGUCUGAUAAAACUGAAACUGAGUAAACUGUACUAAAACCAACGCUGGGUUCCUCACAUCUCUACUGCCGAUGUCAGAUAUCCAUCAGACCAGUAUUACAUCAUACACAAAUCAAACUAAUUCAUUCAAGCUCUGUUGGUGUUUCUGUUAUUGGCCAGUAGAUGGCAGAAUAAUAUUAACCUCCACCCAGAACAUAUGAUCCUGCUCAACUGUGUCCUGUUUUUUUACUGUUAUUUAAAAGUUGUUUUAAAAAUGCAUUUAAAUGUACAAUUUAAUAGUAAUAAAAAGCUUUACUACGAGUUUAAA